GACUAUUUAUAGGGUUUUCACACGCCAUUGUCAGUGUCAAUUUGUGCGUGCUUUUUUGGGUUUUCAUCCUCAUUUUUCCUACCGAAAUAUUUAAUUUUUCACACUAUUCCCGUAUACUCUGACGGAAAUUCCUACUGUAGAACACUCAUAAACAUGUCGAAGAAACGAAUAGAAGUGACUGAAAUGGAUCCUUUUAUAAAGAAACGCAGGCUUGAAAAAGGACUGGAGAUGGAGGCUGCAACGAGUUCUGCAGCGAAUUCUGUGGCAGGAUUGGGUCAAGCGGCUCAGAAUGUGGUUUCCACGAGUAGAAACAAUACCAUCAAUACCUUCACGGGGACGCAAUAUUCUCAGCGAUACCACGCGCUCUACAGGAAACGGAUUACGCUGCCCGUGUUUGAGUAUCGAGCAGAUUUCAUGAGACUCCUGGCUGAGCAUCAAACAAUUGUGCUUGUGGGUGAAACUGGUUCUGGAAAAACCACGCAGAUCCCACAGUGGUGUGUUGAAUAUGCCCAAUCUCUGGGCAAGAAGGGUGUCUCGUGCACUCAGCCACGUCGAGUGGCAGCUAUGUCUGUGGCCCAGCGAGUGUCUGAGGAGAUGGAUGUGGUCCUUGGCCAGGAAGUUGGCUACAGCAUUCGUUUUGAGGAUUGCUCAUCACCUAGAACAAUCCUCAAGUACAUGACAGACGGUAUGUUGCUGAGAGAGGGCAUGAGUGAUCCAAUGCUGGAAACCUAUCAGGUGAUCCUUCUCGAUGAGGCUCACGAAAGAACUCUGGCCACUGACAUCCUCAUGGGUGUCCUCAAGGAGGUCAUUAGGCAACGGAGUGAUCUCAAACUCGUUGUCAUGUCUGCCACACUCGAUGCCGGAAAGUUCCAGCAGUACUUUGACAAUGCUCCCCUCAUGAAUGUCCCCGGAAGGACGCAUCCCGUGGAGAUAUUCUAUACGCCAGAACCCGAGAGAGAUUAUCUAGAAGCGGCUAUUCGUACAGUCAUUCAAAUUCACAUGUGCGAAGAAAUUGAAGGGGAUGUCCUGAUGUUCCUCACGGGUCAGGAGGAAAUUGAAGAGGCAUGCAAACGUAUCAAACGAGAAGUUGACAAUCUGGGACCAGAAGUUGGUGAAUUGAAAUGCAUUCCUUUGUACUCGACAUUGCCGCCGAAUCUGCAACAGAGAAUCUUUGAGGCUGCACCACCCAAAAAGCCCAAUGGAGCAGUUGGUCGCAAAGUGGUUGUGUCCACAAAUAUUGCAGAGACAUCGCUGACCAUUGACGGUGUAGUGUUUGUCAUUGAUCCCGGAUUUGCCAAGCAGAAAGUGUACAAUCCGAGAAUACGCGUUGAGAGUCUUCUCGUGUCGCCAAUUAGCAAAGCAUCAGCUCAGCAGAGGGCCGGACGUGCCGGAAGAACUCGGCCAGGGAAGUGUUUUAGGCUCUACACGGAAAAGGCCUACAAAAAUGAGAUGCAGGAGAACACAUAUCCCGAAAUCUUACGAUCAAAUUUAGGUACUGUCGUGCUCCAACUGAAGAAAUUGGGCAUCGAUGAUCUUGUGCACUUUGACUUCAUGGACCCACCAGCUCCUGAGACUCUAAUGCGUGCCCUGGAGCUGCUCAAUUACCUGGCAGCACUCGAUGAUGAUGGCAAUCUGACGGAUUUGGGGGCUGUAAUGGCAGAAUUCCCACUGGAUCCACAAUUAGCCAAGAUGCUCAUUGCCAGCUGCAAUCACAACUGCUCCAACGAAAUCCUCUCGAUAACGGCAAUGUUGUCUGUCCCGCAGUGCUUUGUGCGUCCCAAUGAAGCUAAGAGGGCGGCUGAUGAGGCAAAGAUGCGCUUUGCACACAUCGAUGGAGAUCACUUGACGCUCCUCAAUGUCUAUCAUGCCUUCAAACAGAGUAAUGAAGAUCCGACGUGGUGUUAUGAAAACUUCAUCAACUACCGAUCACUGAAAUCGGCAGACAAUGUUCGUCAGCAAUUGUCCCGUAUUAUGGACAGGUUCAAUCUCAAGCGAACAAGCACGGAGUUUACGUCGAAAAACUAUUACGUCAAUAUCCGGAAAGCUCUAGUUCAAGGCUUCUUUAUGCAAGUGGCUCAUUUGGAGCGAACUGGGCACUACUUGACGAUAAAGGAUAACCAGAUGGUGCAGCUGCAUCCGUCAACGUGUUUAGAUCACAAACCUGAUUGGGUGAUUUACAAUGAAUUUGUACUGACCACGAAGAAUUACAUAAGAACAGUGACGGAUGUUAAGCCUGACUGGCUCCUUAGAAUCGCUCCACAGUACUACGAUAUGAAUAAUUUCCCACAGUGUGAAGCUAAACGUCAAUUGGAAGUGAUUCAGACGCGAAUAGUGGACACGACAUAAAUUUGUAGUAGUGAAAAAAAGGAAAAGGAAAAAAAUAAGAAACAAACUAAUUAUAAAUGUUACUACAUAAUAAUUAGCUUCAUAUUUUUAAACUUCUCUACACCAUUAAAUAGACAAAAAAAAGAAGAAGAAAACUUUAAAAGAAAAUUUAGAAAGUGAAAAUAUCUCUGAUAAACUUUCUAAUUAUUACUCUUUCAAAUGACGAAUGUAAUGCAACUUGUAAUAUCCUCAUGAUAAAAUUCCUUAACAAGAAUUCAACAUUUUUUCUCCGUGGGCUUUUCUUCUGAGCCUCGCAGUUUUUUUUUAUCUUUUGCCACCCAGAACAUUCAAAUUAAUUGUGAGUGUAAAAUUUGUCACGGUUUGGUUUAGAUGGAAAAAUAAAGUUGAUUAUUUGACAAUAUA